GAAGAACAACCAGAAGGUAAUGUUGUCCCCACAAAUAGAAACGUCCGGAGACGUCGAGUGCGUCGCAUGGCUCCAAACCUGUUGUCCCCAUACAUAUCCCAACCACAAACGAAACAAUCUGCCAUCAAAAUCGACCUAAAACAAGGAGCUGCACUGGUAUUUGGAGACGAUUUGGAUGCAAGUGAGGAACUAGUGUCUAUGCAUGACACUAUCCUAACCAGAGGCAAUUUGGGCUGCUUCCAAGGGAAUGGGUGGAUAGGAAACGACGUCGUCGAUGCCUACUGUAGAUUGUUGCAGUAUCAACAUGAACCGAAGUCGAAACUUUUUCUAUCCCCCUACAUAGCUGAAAUGGUAAUCCACUCCCAGGCAAAAAACUUAGUUAGGGAGGCAGUUAUUGGACGCUUUGAACCACAUCUGUAUCAGAUUGAUAUUCCAUAUGUCAAUGUUAACGAGGUCUUCUUACCGGUUCUCAUAAAGAACCAUUGGACAUUGUAUGUAUAUGACCUAGAAAACAGGAGAAUCCAACUGCUAGAUUCUCGUCCUGGUAGAAAGAAGACAAUGUUGAGUGGAGUCCAACAAAAUCUGGCCAAGGUUGUCCUGUGGUUGGCUGCCCACAAAAAAGAGGUAUCACCUUAUGAUUUGAGGACAUUCAAUUUCAUAACACCUGAUGUACCCCUCCAAACUAAUGAGCACGAUUGCGGCGUUUUUGUAAUGAAAUUCAUGGAAUUGUGGUCAAUGGGGGGGUUCUCCAAAUCAAUCGAUGUGGGGAAAUUGAAACAUUACAGGUUGAAGAUCAUGGGGAGUAUGUUGUUCUCAGCACAAAAUGCACACCGAGACCGUGUCCGGAGAGAUUAAAGGGGAUUGUAAUUUGUGAUAAAAGUGUAUAAAAUUAGCACAUUUGUAUGUAAUUUAUGGUGGACAUAUGCGGAAAUGAACACUGGGAUUAUGGGAUUAGUCAGAAUUUGAUUGUUUUUUGACUUAAGUUGCUUGUCAAUGCAUUGUAAGUAAA